AUGAGCGGAGCCAGUUAUAGACGGAACUUCAGCAGCCGCUCGCUGGGCUCGUAUCCUCCUGCAGGAAGAACUAUUCCCAGGCUGGGUAGCUCAUACUUUGGUUUUGGGGAGGUUCCUGCUCCAGGCCGUUCCAUCGGUGCCGUGAUGGUGGACAUGAGCCUCCUGGCUUCUCUACAGCUCGAGCUGGACCCCAGGAUCCAUGAGGUCAAACUGCAGGAGAAAGAGCAGAUCAAGAGUCUUAACAACCGCUUUGCAUCCUUCAUUGAUAAGGUUCGUCACCUGGAGCAGGAGAACAAGAUGUUAGAAACUAAAUGGCAGUUGUUGCAGAGCGACUCUCAGUCCACGUCGGACCUGGGGUCCAUGUUGGAGUCCUACAUCAGCAAACUACAGUCCAAACUCCACAACCUCCACACCAGCGAGGAGAAGCUGAAGUCCGAGUUACACCACGUCCACUCACUGGUGGACAAUGUCAAGCAGAGGUAUGAAGAUGAGAUCGACAGGAGAAUCUCAGCAGAAAACGAUUUUGUCAUUUUAAAGAAGGACGUUGAUACGGUUUACAUGGUCCGGACUGCGCUGCAGGACAAACUGGAAGGACUCCUGGAGGACCAGGACUUCUUUAAGACCUUUUAUGAGCGGGAACUGCGAGAGCUAGCGACGGAGCUGGAACGCGUCUCUGUGGUGGUGGAGAUGGACAACAGCCGCCAACUAAACCUGGACCAGAUCGUACAGGAGGUGAAGAGUCGCUACGAGGAGGUGUCAGCGCGGAGCCGGCAGGAGGCAGCGGCCUGGUUCGAAAAAAAGUUUGAACUGGUCUCGUCCCAGGCUGAGCAGCGCGGCUCCGAGUUGAGGAACGCUAAGCGUGAGAUCUCAGACCUGAAGAGGGUGAUCACGCGGCUACAGACGGACGUCGCUGAUGCUAAAGCGCAGUGUGAGAGGGUGGGUGAUCAGAUCUCUGAGGCGGAGCACGGUGGUGAAGCGGCGGUACAGACGGCCACACGGCGGCUCAGAGACCUGGAGGGGGCGCUACAGAGGGCGAAGCAGCAAAUGGCCGAGCAGGUGCGGCAGUACCAGGAGGUCAUGAGCACCAAACUGGCUCUGGACAUGGAGAUCGCCACCUACAGGACACUGCUGGAGGGAGAGGAGAGUCGAAUUGGUCAACAUUCAGUUAAAAGUGUCCAGUUGCUGCCAAACACCAGUUACGCUGCGCCGGCGACGCCCAUCGUUAUCAGUAAGUUUUAAUGAAGAUGAUCGACACUCAGGAGAACGACUUCAGUUCUGCUCAUCAUUCUUAUUAAGAUCUACAACCUAACAUCAUCACCACCAGAGCACAGCAGCUCCUCUUCAUCAUCAUCAUCCUCAUCAUCACCAUCAUCAUCAUUCUUAUUAAGAUCUACAACCUAACAUCAUCACCACCAGAGCACAGCAGCUCCUCUUCAUCAUCAUCAUCCUCAUCAUCACCAUCAUCAUCAUUCUUAUUAAGAUCUACAACCUAACAUCAUCACCACCAGAGCACAGCAGCUCCUCCUCCUCCUCCUCAUCAUCAUCAUCACCACUGGACUGAUAAUUCUGUGCUGUGUGAGGUUCUGGAUUGUACCAUCUUGUUUGGUUGGAAAUGUUUGGCUAUGACGUCAAACAACAACGAUUCCUUAUUAAUAAAAGUUUGAAUAUU